AUCGCAUUUCGGACUAAGAAAAGCAGUACACAUUGGUGGGUGCAAUUCUUUCAUUCAGGUGGUGUGCGGAACAAAACUUUUCAUCAUGAAGAGAAUAAUACUACUGUUUGCUUUUUCACUACUCUUUCAGGUUGCUCUUUGCUACAUGCCACGAAAAUGCACAACCUCAGAUGAUUGUGCACCUUACGAAUGCUGUGUUCUAAAAGAAGAGAAGUAUGCCGUACCUCAGUGUGCACCUAUGGGCAAAACAGACGACUGGUGCCGCCCAGGAGCAGAACCAGAACAAAGAACAAUAUAUUAUCCCAAGGGACUGAUAAUAGAUGCUGAUGCAGUGUACACUGAAAAUUGUCCUUGCGCAAAUCGUCAUCAAUGUAAUGCCCAACGGAAGUGUGAGAUAUCAAAAGGUUGAAGAUCCAAAAGUAUAUGGAGAAGACUUGUUUUACUCUACUUAUUAUACUGACAGAAUGUGAUAGUUAUUUAUUUAAAUUUAGAGCGAAUAAAAUUUUACGAAAUAGACUAAAAAUCUUUUCAU